UCCCAAAUUUUCCGGUUGUGCGAAAUCAACGGCGAUCUGCUCGUGUUCUUCUAUGACCCGACUCCCAAGGAAAAGCCUUCGACCAAGCAGGCGGAACUCAAGAAACUCAGCGAAAUCCACACGAGACUCGAAGCUUGGAAGAAGGACCUACCAAGGGAGCUCAGACCACAGGAAGGGCAGCUCCCUCAGGCGCUUCUGAUGCAGUAAGCUGGAUCACCACAGUUCUGACUGACAUUUAAGGAUAUCACUAACCGUCUUGAAGCAUGUUCUACCAGCUCCUCCUCAUUCACCUCUAUCGACCGUUCCUGAAAUACACCAAGUCCAACUCCCCACUUCCUCAGCAUGUUUCCCCCCGCAAGCUGUGUACACAGGCUGCCUGUGCAAUUUCAAAGUUGCUCAGGAUGUACAAACGCACCUACGGCUUCAAACAAAUUUGUAACGUUGCAGUCUACAUGGCCCAUACUGCCCUGACCGUUCAUCUGCUCAACCUGCCGGAGAAGAACGCCCAGAGGGAUGUCAUCCAUGGCCUCAGACAUCUCGAGGAGAUGGGCGAGAGCUGGCUCUGCGCACGGCGCACGCUCAGGAUCCUGGAAAUUUCUGCCAACAAGUGGCACGUCGAAUUGCCUGCAGAAGCUACGGCCACCUUUGAACAGACCCAUGCCAAAUGGGGAUCAUGGGGCUCGUGGGAUCAAGCGAUAUCUCCCCCACCUUCUGGAGAGUCGCCACCCACUCCAACCCUUCAUUUUCCGGUCGCGGAUUCGACCAGUGGCUCUUAUGCAGAGGCUGAGCGACGGGUCCCUACAAGUGAGCAUGGCGGACCUGUGAUACAUUCACCGGCAUCAAUUGGGUCGAUGGGUCUUUCACAUACCACAGGAGCCCCAAUUCCCGUUUCUAUAUCGGCCAUGCGUGCAGCGCAGCGGUCUCUGAACGCCCAGCUUGCACAGGAUGGGGCCCGGCUUCCUGAGCCAACGUAUCUGAGGCCCGUAACCAAUGCAUUUAGUCAAGUCCAGCCGGUUCCGGUUUCUCAGCAAGAUGUCUGGUAUAGUCCAGAUGAAGAGCAGAUCCGCGCGUUCACCAAUGGGCAGAACAUUCCUGCCACGACGACUUCGUCGCCUAUGACGCCCUUCGAUGGAUCCGAGAAUCUCGUAGAAGAGAGUCAAGACUGGUGGUCCCGUGAAACGAGCGCCUUGACCUUCGGGAUGGAUAACUGGGUGCCAGGAUGGAACCCUGCUAUGCCGGGGAGAGAACCCGACGUGCGCUUUGGAAGCGAUUUCGCCCACGUUGGGCAGACAUCGGGAGCGGAGAACAGUUCACGACCGCCCCAAGCAAUGAGGUUUGGUGCUGGGGCCCCUCCUAGCACUUCUAAACCCGAGCAACAUCCGAACAACCCUGGCUACAGCACCGUGCGGUUUCCGGGGGAUUUCAACGGAUGACCCGGCAGCACUGCUGACUGCCCCAACUCGCACCACGUUGCUCUUCUAAAUCCAACUCAUGAUGUUACGAUAAGAUGGCAUGACUGCCUGGGCUAAUGU